AUGGACUCGGCAGCCAAAAUCCCCCUCUCCCAUACAUUAUGGUCUCCUCAUGAUACAGUGAAAGAUGCCGCUGACCUUUUGGGUGUCACUCUCCCCGAUGAUGCAGCAAAGAACUUGGCAAUGGAUGUCGAAUACAGAAUACAUGAGAUCCUAGAAACAGCCAUCAAGUUCAUGCGUCACUCCAAACGGAAGCUUCUUGUUACUGGCGAUAUAAACAACGCUCUUAAGGUGCUCAAUAUUGAACCUUUGUUUGGCUACGACCAAUCUCAACCAUUGGUGUUCAAGGAAGCUUUAUCUGGAGCUGGUGGUCAAACGUUGUACUAUAUCGAUGACAACGAGAUUGAAUUUGAAAAAUUGAUUAAUCAGGAGCUUCCAAAAGUCCCUCGUCAAACUACUUUCACCGCUCAUUGGUUGGGUAUUGAAGGUGUGCAGCCAAUGAUUCCUCAGAACCCAUUGGCUUCAGAGAUCAAGAACUUACCUUCAGUGGUGAGAGGUGCUACCUCUUCUGUAUACGGUAACGACUUGCUACUGUCGUCCGCUCCAGGCUCUAGCUCUACGGAAGAAUCUAAGGAUGGAAACGGUAGACAGAAAUCGAAGAAGGGCGAUAAGGAUGUUGAGGUUAAACCAUUGGUUAAGCACGUACUCCUGAAAGAACUCAAGCUUUACUUUGACAAGAUUGUCGAAGUCCUCAUAUCUACAGACCCAGAGAAGGAAACUUUUAAAGAUGCCGCAUUGAACUCUUUGAGAACAGAUCCUGGUUUGCAUCAACUUGUACCAUACUUCAUCCAAUUCGUGGCAGAACAAGUCACUAAUCAGUUGAGGAACAUUGAGCUUUUAAUCACAUUACUUGAGGUUAUCUCAGCUCUCUGUGACAACAAAACCAUCUUCUUGGAUCCAUACGUUCACGCUUUGAUGCCAUGUAUUCUUACGCUCUUGCUUGCAAAAAGAAUUGGCCCAGUCGUUCCUGAAAAUGCAGAUGACGAUGCAGUCAUUGAUAUUAUUAAGGGCCAGUUUGCCGUUAGAGAGUUUGCUUCUCUCCUUCUACAGCAUAUCAUUGAUUCAUUUGGAUCGUCCUAUACUACGCUCAAACCAAGAGUGACAAGAACUCUUCUUCGGGCAUUGCUUGAUUCUUCCAAGCCUUUGGGUACACACUAUGGUGCUCUUUUGGGUAUAGAAAAGUUGGGCUCUGAGGUUAUCAAGCUUGUCUUGGUUGGCAACGUGAAGAUGUGGUCCAAGCAAGUUGUUGAAGAUAGCUCCAAACGCAGUGUUGAAACCAACAUUCUAAAACAAAAGGUUCUUGAUGUUCUUGAAAAAUUAAAGAUUGAAGAUAAGUUCACCGAAAAUGACUCGGAUAAGAUGGACGUCGACCAAGAAGUCAGCACGGAAAUAAAAGAGAAGUUAAAGGAUAGAAUUGGCGAGCCGUUGGCUGAUGAUCUUCUCCAAAAACCAGAUGCAAAGGCCAUUUGUCGUGGAAUCUUUAUUGGUGAAGCAAAUGUAUAA